CCGCGCGCUGGCCCCGCCCCCAGAGGGGAGCGAGCGCUGGCGCUCCGGGCGGCGGGUUCGGCUGCGCAGCGGGGCUGAGUCGGCCGCGGCGGCCGGAGUACAGGGAGCGGACUUUGGGUUCCUGGGACCUCGGUGCUGAAGACAGCUCGGCCUUGCACACAGCUAUCUGGACGACAGGGCCAGAGCUGAUGGCAGACCAUGUCCGCCACUAACAACAUCGCCCAGGCCCGAAAACUGGUGGAGCAGCUCCGCAUCGAAGCCGGGAUCCAGCGUAUCAAGGUCUCCAAGGCCUCGUCAGAACUCAUGAGCUACUGCGAGCAGCAUGCCCGGAACGACCCCCUGCUGGUCGGAGUGCCUGCCUCCGAGAACCCCUUCAAGGACAAGAAGCCUUGUGUCAUUCUGUAGCUCGGUUUCCUCCUGUGUUUGCUCUCUGUGUGUCUCUCUCUCCCUCUCUCUCUGUCUCUCCCCAAAACCCUUCUCUCUCUCUCUCUGUCAGGGCGUCAUUCAGUAUGUAGUCAAAGCAAAGCAUUUGGGGUCCCUGGAACUUUUAAUGCCAAAAGAAAUGUCAAAUGUUGCCACCGCCCAGAUGGAGUAAACGUACCCGCUGGGUAACGAUGGGUUUUCAGACUGAGGCGCACAGACCGCAGGCCUGGCCGAGAGAUGGGUGCUGGCUGCACACCUCCUGCCACUUAGGGAGAACUGAGAGGCCCAAACGAUGCGGUCGCCGUAUUUUUAAACGCUCACUUGCCAUUUGAGCUGUGGUCCAGAGCCAAGCUGGUCAGAGAAGGGACCGGAAGGGGGCACUGGCCGCUGGUCCCGGAGGACCAGGGCGACCUGGCCGGCUGGCCGUCCUCACACAAUUGGCCACUUGUAAAAAAAAAAAAAAAACUACUGCUACAGUGCUGCUGCUUUUUUAAAGCAGAGUGAAAUUUGGGGGUUGGGGGCUAUAAUGAGCUUUUCAGGAAAAAUCUUAUCAUUGAAAAGGUUGUGAUUCUGUACUGCUAAAGUCAGGUUUCCACGGCCGAGCGGUGCUGUGUAAUAGUGCCAAGUGGGUUUGAGGGGCCCGGAGGGGGCUUGGCCUGGGAAACGCACCCUGGUCCCCUGUGUUGCCAAGCGUCGCCCUGCUGAGUGGCAUGGGUUUGGCAUGUGUCGCUGGACAGCCGCGCGUGACCGCCCUCCCUGGAGACCCCACCCACCCCGGGAAGGGGUUUUCAGCCGCUUGCCCUGGUCCCUGGAGUGGCCAGCUGGGCUUCAUUUUGUUCUAAGCACCUGACAUUGAUGUGGGCGAGUAGAAGCUGCGAUCAGAUUAGGCUCUUCAGGGUUUUCUGUUUUAUUUUGGUUUUUCUCCACUUUCACUUAUCGCCAUGGCCGCUAUUCAGAGCUGCAGCCUGGUGGGCAGGGCCGCGGGCGGGGUGACAUGGUCUGGAGUAGCUGGGAGGCCUCCGAGCUCUCUGCUCACUUCCACACCCCUCAGACCCAGAACUCUGGCUGGAGAAAGUGAGAGGCACAAAGUACAACUCAUCACUCUCCCCAACCGCCUGGGAAAUGUGGUUCGUCAUGGAGUCCCAGCUUGGGAACGGAGGAGGGGGGGGCGGGGGGGGCGUUUUUUUAAAUCACUUUUUCCUCUGUUACGACAUGGACAGUUAAAGGAAUAAGAGGAUGGGGCCCCCUCCUCCCCUGCCAGUGCCACCCAUGGCUGCCAGGACCCCAUACAGCCUUGGACUCAGAGGUUCCCGCCUGCCCCGUGAGGGGGCCAGUGGCAAACUGUGGGAAGAAAGGAGCCCAGCGCUGCCCCUGUGGCCCCAACAGACGUCAGCGCCUGAGGCCGCGCCAGCGGGGUCCUGGACAGCCGCCAGGCCCGGGCCUCACCUCACAGCCGGGGCCACGGGCCGAUCCUGCGGAGCUAAGAAGGCCCCGGGGUGACCCUCCAUCAGCUCCCACAGGGUGCAGGCCGGGGCUGGCUCUCUCCCCGGCGCCCAGCUCUCCCCAGCCGGUCUGGGAGCAUCAGGGGCAUUGGGGAGCCCGGCACUUCCGGACCUGCCAUUGGUCAGGAAAAGCCGUGGGGUAGCCAUGCUGCCGCCGCCUUUCACUGCACAGGAAGCCUGUGGCCGGAGCCUCUCACUGUCCCCAGCACCCCGUUCUAGGGCCCAGCGGGAAUGACCCCCGAGGGCAGAGAGCAGGCCGCAGAGCGAGACAUGCCCUUCCCCCCAGCCAUCUGGUGACUGAUUACCUGUGCGCACCCUUUGCUCUGUGACAGAAGCCUUAACCCCCUGAGCCUGCAUCAGGUCCUUGCACGCCCAUCCUCCUUCCUGGGCCCUCCACUGUCUGGCCACCGGACCCCAGAGAGGACAGGAGGCCCCAUCUCGCCCAGGGGCCCAGACCUCCCCUUUCUCUGCGCCCCCUGCCUGCCGGCCACCUAAGCCCUGCCCCAACGUGUGUCCCGGACCCCAGGACUCCAGAGAAGCAGGUGGGAAGCAGAGCCGAGGGCCCUGGCUGAGGGAGGUGGGGUUGAACCCGAGUUCGUAGCUCCAUGGCCUGCUAUGGGCUCAGCCUGCCAACAUGUUCCACACCCCACGCCCCUCAUCCCCAGCCCUGAAGCAAACUCCAGCCUGGGCCUGGGGAGGCUUCUGAGCCAGAAAACCUAGGGUCUGAGUGGUCUGGGUAAACUGAGGCCCAGCAAGGUGAGGACAGUCAGUUUCCCGCCCUAUUGCCCUACCUGCUCAGGUGCCCACAACCUCCGACCCCAGGGAGGUGGCCAUCGGCUGGAGUCCCACUGUGGUUUUUGUUCGAGCUGAGAAAAAAACAAAGAUCCUUUUUAAAAUUUAGAGUCAAUCUCACUGUCCAUAGUGUCCCCUAAAGCAGCAGGGCACUCACGACAACGUAAGCUGCUGUGCUCUCCUGACACAAGCAUCCGCCGUGGAAACGUGGCUUUCAAGGCACUUGGGGUCUAGAAGUGCCCCUUGCGUCAGGGAGCAGCACAGGCCUUGGGGAAACCAGCAUCUCCAACUGUGUGUGUGGGGGGGGACGGGGGGACGGGAAGGGAGACGCAGAAUCAAGGAUACAGACACAGAAGGCAGGCGUGAGGGUGCGAAGUCUCUUCUGCAGUCAGUCGGUCAGUGUUUCCAGUGGCCGGCGCUCCUGGCCUGGCCAAGCCGCUGCUCUCCCCCCAACUCCGCCCCCCCCGACCCCCAGGAAGGAGCUAGACCACGCACCCUGCCCCAUCCUCCCAAAGGUGACUCCCAGGCCAAGAAUGAAGUGACUUGGUUGUGACCUCCAGCCCCAGGGGAUGUAAACCCGCUGGGCUGGGCCGAAGGAGCUGCCUUUCCGGCUUUGAUGUCCCUGCCACUGCCCAGGACCGCCCUGGGCCUCCAGGCAGCUCAUCGUCUGGUGAAGAGCCCCCCUGCCCGCACUCUGGGCCCAGGACAGGGCCCUUGGUGUCUCACACUCUCACCCCAGGGGCAGUUUGUCUGGUGAAGAGCCCCCCUGCCCGCACUCUGGGCCCAGGACAGAGCCCUUGGUGUCUCACACUCUCACCCCAGGGGCAGUUUCUGGCCCAAGUGGAGCCACCGAAAGACACUCCUCCUUCAAGCGCACUUGUAAAAAGCCAGCCUGCACCGUCCCCUGCAAACAAGCCAUAUGUGGGACACGUACCCUCUUCCUCUGUCCAGGGAACCCAUUACCAACCAUUGUGACAACUUGCUUCUGGUCUGAGAAGCAAUCUGUGGCUCUGCUGGGUCCUACUCCAUCUGCCUUCAGAUGCCUGGUGGUUUUUAUUUCUGAUUAAAAAAAAAACAAAACAACUCCAGGUGUGUCACACCCACUUUCUCGCAGUAUUUUGAUAUUGUGUGGAAUUGUCAAUACAACGUGAAUUAAUCCACAAUAAAAAGGCUCACUGUUCCUUGUC